UAUGUAUUGUUUAUUGAUAUUUCCAGUAUCUGUUUAUAUUUUUUGUUAAUUUCGUAAGAAAAUAUUUUUUAUGUAUUUUAUAACUUUAACCAUUUGAACAUACUUUUUGAUUUUCUGAGAUCGGUUGCCACUUUAACUGCACUCCCUUACACUUUUGGCUAGAAUUUCCUCACUGUUCAGCUGGCACUGCAAGUGACAUGAUUUCCAUAAAAACUGCACUGGGCCACAAAAAUAUUAUUAUAUAUAUGUGUAUAUAUAUUGCACUUUAUAUCCGUGUGUUUUUCUUUUCGGGUGUGUAAAAGUGAAAAUGCGAGUGGGCGGCAGAAAAGCGACGGCGGCGGCGGCGACGAUGCGCGCGAUUUUCUCGCGUGAGGCUGGCGGAACGUUCAAGAUGGCACUGCCGGGCGAUCCACGCCGAUCGCCUUGA